AUACCAGGCAUUCCAUUAAAAAAUGAGCAUAUUUUCUAUGGAGUGCUCCAUAUUUUGUCAUAGAUUCGGAUAAGCCCUUCAAAAAGAAGAACAUUAAACUUUGACAGUCUGUCACUCUGCCAUCUUGAAAGAUAGCAAUUUUAUAUUCCAGGGUUAUAAAGUACCCACAAUGAGCUUAAACAUGAGUGUCAAAGUGACCCCUUUAUAUUUGAAAAAAGUUAUUCUAACCGUGAAUCUUGAAAUUCUUAACUGCCAUUUUACGUUUAAAAAAAACCGGAACGAGGAGAAGUGGGAAGGCUUUUGUACUCCAGUAUUCUAGCUAGUGCUAAUCUUAGAGAGAAAAUAUAAAUCCAGGCAAGCUAGGUGCUACAAUAGAAAAUUGAAACUUCUGCUAGGACAAAUGUGUUACUGAUCGUGGAUCUAUAGUGAACUUACGCGUAGACAUCAAUUUGUUGAACUGUAUUCGGAGUGUUAAGAUCGAGCAGUGGAUUAAAAGGAAGAUAAGAUUCUUUCCUCAAACAUCAAAGAGGAAGAUAAGAAAAUCCAUAUGAUGGAAUUGACAACUAACACUAUCGCCUGAUGUAACUCAGAAGCUCAACUGGUAAACUGAACUAACAACAGCUAAGCAGCCUCACUCUGCUGAUUGUGAAAGAGUUUUAUAAUAGGUUUUAAUCAAACCAUGUUAGUGAAAAUGAUGAAGUGACAUUCAAUAUCGUCGUAACAAUCAAGCUACCAAUACGUGGAAAUGGCGGCGCAGUACUUAGGAGAUCAUUCGAUGAUCUACCAAACUAAACCUUUAAAUAUGGAUACAAAAAUACAUCAGGAUAACAAAAGCUCCUUUUACAUUGAUGCUUUGCUCUCGAAGAAUAACAACGAAAGGACCUCUGAAAGAACGGCUACCCCAGACACAUCUCGAAGCAUCUCACCAUCAUCAAUCAGAAGUAGAAGUCCCCGAAGUCCUCCCAUAUCACCAGGAAGUGAAGAUCUUGCUUCUGCUACAACAACCACCUUUGUUCCAAAACCAGGUUUAUUGAAUUACAUUCAUCCCAAUGGUGCUGCUGGAACGGUAUAUGGAUUCCAAGGGCAGCCUCAUGCGACCCCUGGAUUUCCUUCUUUCGACUUUGUGCAAAAGGCGCCUUUUCCCGUCGGUGGACCACACGCUGGUCAAUCGCAUCAUCUCCAACAACAAAUCCAUAUUCAAGAAUGGUUAGCGAGGACAGGCGGUUUCUUCUACCAAUCCAGGAUACCAGAUAUCUCUGGAUGCGGACCGGGCCAUGCGCUUCUGGGUAAAACAAGGCGACCCAGGACAGCGUUUACAUCACAACAGCUCCUAGAGUUAGAGAAACAGUUUAGACAAAAUAAAUACCUGUCCCGGCCAAAGCGAUAUGAAGUGGCAUCACAUCUGAUGUUGACAGAAACUCAAGUAAAAAUAUGGUUCCAAAACAGGAGAAUGAAGUGGAAACGUAGCAAAAAAGCACAUCAAGAUGCAAAAACCUCUUCAAAGGAAGCUGAAUCAAAACCUCAGCCGUCUUCCAGUACAUCGUCAGUGUCGCCACAAUCGAACGAUGUGAAGCCGCAACUUGACAAUCCUCCUAAUCCCGCACCUUUAGAGAACCCCCAGGAAUUAAGAAAACCGCCAGAAAGUGAAACUUUAUAUAGACCUUAUGUAGUUUAAACUAAGAUCUGUAGUAUGUAAAAUUGAAGCAAGGUGCAUUAAUAUCAGAAGGAUGUUGAUGCAGGCAGAAAUAGGUACCUACUCUAUUCAUGGUUGGAGUUUCACCAGGUAUGGUUUGAAUGGUAAUGACGGACCAGAACCUUAGAAAUCGAGCAUUUCGAGAGUUCAAUGUCAUAAAACAUUAUCUAUAAUUGUUGUGGAAUAGAUAUUCCUGUCCACUUAGAUACAGGUAUAUCUCAAUCUCAAUCAAUGAAGCAAAUCAAAUGACGCGACGUCAGUUCUUUGAUGUCAAAUGGAGUUGAAUAUAAUUAUAAACGCCCACAUUUUGCUAGCUGUCAAAUUGAACCGCAUAUCUUGGAUUUAAGGUUUACUAACGACUCGGUCACCUAGGUGGCAUUUUUUCAAAGUGCAAAGUAAUAAAUAACAAUGAUCAUUUGUACUUUGAAAGUUGCCGAAACGCUAGUUAAGAUUCAAUUCCGUAUAUAUGUACUUUCAUUUGCUGGCCAGCUCUACCAGUAUCAAACCACAGGAAAGUUUCACAUGUUAUAUUGAGUAAGGCGGAUUCUAAUGGUAGGAACGGUGACGAUAUCUCUAGUUCGCAGAUAACGUCUUUGACACAAAAUGAUUAAUUUUUGCUUUAGUUGGAAUCUAUCAUUAUCUGUAAUAAUUUUUGGUCACUGCGUCCAAGGAAAUAACUCUAGAGACAUCUGAAUCAGAAACUGAGGGUCAACACAUUAACGUCUUUUCCUAUAUGUAUAUACAUCUUGUUUGUAAAUCUGUUUUCUUCUUUCGAAUUGUAUGAGGCGACGUGAUGAAAUAUAAUACUGUUCUUUCAUUUAUUUUCACACCACACCAUAUAAGUGUGACCUUAUUACCUCGACUUUUAACUUCUUUACUUUCUGUUUGUAAUGAUUUUUAAUAUUCAGAAAGAUAUGCUAUGCUUGAUAGAAUCUAGCUUCUCGUACUGAAUCUGCCAAGUUUUAUUUGAAGAAUACUAUGUAGCAGAUUUUGUCUAAUGAAGCUCUGCCAUACAACGGGAAACUAUCAGUAUUUAUAAUAUAGAUUUGUAGAAUAUAUGUAAAUUUAUGUAUAUAUUGCAUAUGUCAGCAAUAUUUUAAUUUAUUUCAUUAUAUAGCAGUGUGUAGGUUUUGAUCUCUUUGUUUGUAAGUACUACCUCAUUGUUUUUAUAUAGUUCAAGAUUGUACAUAUUUGAAGUUCCUAUGAGUAUCCAUAAUAGGCGAAAGUCAAAUAAAAUUUAUGAGAAUCG